AUGGACGCCCCGACCGGCAGCUCGCGCUUCACCUCGGCCCUCGUCGCGGGCGCCUGCGCCGGCACGGCCGUCGACACGCUCUUCUUCCCGAUCGACACGCUCAAGACGCGCGCCCAGGCCCAACAGGGCUUCUUUGCCGCCGGCGGCUUCAAGGGCGUGUACCGCGGCCUCGGGAGCGCCGUCGUCGGCAGCGCGCCCGGCGCGAGCCUCUUCUUCACCAGCUACGAGCUCGCGAAGCACCACUUGCCCCGGGUCGUGCCGCAGCUCGGCACCGACAGCUGGGCACCGGCGCUCCACAUGCUCUCGGCGUCGUCGGGCGAGGUCGCCGCGUGUCUCGUGCGGGUCCCGACCGAGGUCGUCAAGCAGCGCGCGCAGACGGCCGCCGCCUCGUCGUCGCUCGACGUCGCGCGCCAAGUGUGGGCCCGAGAAGGCCUGCGAGGCUUCUACCGCGGGUUCGGGAGCACCGUCGCUCGCGAGAUCCCCUUCACGUGCCUCCAGUUCCCGCUCUACGAGCGCCUCAAGGUCCUCGUCGCGCGGCGCACCGUACCCUCUCGUCGCGUGUGCGACCUCCCCGCGCACCACGCGGCCCUGUGCGGCUCGCUCGCCGGCGGCGUCGCCGCGGGCCUCACGACCCCGCUCGACGUGUGCAAGACGCGCAUCAUGCUCCGACAGGCGGGCGCGCCGGGCAUCCUCGCGACGAUGCGGGGCAUCUACGCGCUCGAGGGCCCGCGAGCUCUGUUCCGCGGCGUCGUGCCGCGCGUCCUGUGGAUCUCGGGCGGCGGCGCCGUGUUCCUCGGCGUGUACGAGGCCGUCAAGGCGACGCUCGCUGGGCGUGGGCCGGGCGCGAUCGACGACGAGCUGGGGCGCGAGAGCAGGAGCGACUAG